AUCUUCAUCCUCGUCCUCCUCCUCCUCGUCCUCUUCCUCAUCCUCAUCCUCGUCCUCAUGCUCCUCCUCCUCGUCCUUGUCCUCAUCCUCAUCCUCAUUAUCCUCAUCCUCCUCAUCUUCCUCCUCAUCCUCAUCUUUGUCCUCAUCCUCAUCCUCCUCCUCCUCGUCCUCGUCCUCAUCCUCAUCCUCGUCCUCAUCCUCAUCCUCAUUCUCCUCGUCCUCGUCCUCGUCCUCAUCCUCGUCCUCGUCCUCAUUCUCCUCCUCCUCGUCCUCCUCCUCAUCCUCGCCAUCCUUCUCGUCUUCAUCUUCAUCAUUCUUCUCCUCAACUUCAUCAUCCUUGCCUUCACCGUUCUCAUGCUCAACUUCAUCAUCCUCAUCAUCCUUCUCAAGUUCUUCUUCAGCCUCACCAUCUUUAUAGUCUACCUCAUCAUCCUCAUGUUCGCCACCCUUCUCCUCGUCCUCAUCCACAUCUUCAUCCUCCCCAUCCUCACCCUCACCAUCCUGCUCCUCAACCUCAUUGUCCUCAUCCUCACCCUCCUCAUUCUCAUCUUCAUCAUCCUCCUCAACUUCAUUUUCAUCCUUAUCAUCCUUCCCAACUUCAUCAUUCUCAUCUUCACCAUGCUCAUCCUCAUUCUCCUUCUCAAGUUCAUUGUCUUCAGCCUCAACAUCUUCCUAG